UGUAUAGGGCGCUUGUAGUGUGCAUAUUUGUUGGGCAGGCAAAAGUGAUCGCUGCAUAGGAUUUAUAUGGAUCGACACGAUUGAGUUUUGUUUUUAGCGAAAUAGUUACAAAAAUUACACGCUACUCUAUAUUAAUAACAUGCGAAUACAUGUUUCUUUACAUGAAAAUAUUUACUUUUAGCGUCAAAGCCAUAUUGUUCUCGAAGUCAGAACGAACACCGUUCUUCAGUUGCGUUACUAAGCAGCUACAAGCUGAAAUUUAUUUUACAGUAUUUUACGAUAAAUAUAAAGGUGGUUAUUAUUACGACGGAUUAGUGCGAUGAAUCCAUCAUCGUACCCCCCGACGCAGUUGUUGUAAAUGGUGAGUCAAAAUGAGCAAUAGCAGCUUAUCAUUGUUUUGAUUUGAUGGUGAAUAUAAACAGGAUUCGAAGUAAAAUUAGAUUUUCAUUAUUAAAUAACUUAUUAUUAUAAUUGAGAAACCUACUUACAGACUAGAAAUUGAAUUACCCAAUUAUAUUUAAUUUAUUUGUAUGAAAAUACCUAGUAGGAGACCAAUUCUUUGAGCUGAUUUCAUCGGGAACCUUGGUGAUUUCUUCUACGAAGACCUCCGAACAGUAAACCCCACCCCAACGACGUAACAAUCUCAAAGAAUUGUGACAUGAAUACGCAGGGUUCGUUUGUUCGUCAGACUCGAUCGAAAACUCGAGCAACACAGCAAGCUCCAGCUAGCGGCAGUUCUCAACCACCCCGUAGUGAAGAAGUAAGUUCACCGGAGUCGAACGGAGAUGUAUUUGAACCUUCAGUGAUCGACAUCGAGCACGGAGAUGAUUUCGAUUGUGCGGAAUGUACUCGGCCCAACAGUGCGGACUUGUAUAUGGUACAAUGCGGAAAGUGCAUGCUUUGGUACCAUUUCUCAUGCGCGAAAGUGGACGUAGUUACAGUACGAUCCAGAGACUUCAUCUGUGUGAAAUGUGUUCCUCUAUCACGUGCAAGCUCUAAGACUGGAAAGUCUAGCACUACAAGUUCCCGUAGAGCGGCAAAAGCUCGAGACCUUCAACUGUUGGAAGAAGAAAGGUGUCUGCGAGAGAAACUGGAAGAAGAGAAGUUGCAGAAAGAGAAGCAGAUAGUCGAGAAGGCGAUGAACGAAAAGCUUCAACGUGAGAAAGAAUACUUGGCUCGAAGGCAUGAUUUGCUUCGCCAGCAGGAUGAAGAUGCGGAAAGUAUGCGGAGCAGCAGAAGUAAUCGAAGUCAAGCAAGCAGAAGUAAGGUUGAAGCCUGGAUCGAAAAUGGAUCAAAUCAACCAGUACCCGUUCAAUCCGUGGAACCGGUAGGGUCAUCGACUCCCUUUGAAAUAAGUGAAGCCGCCGAUGAAGACCCGAAUAAAACACUAGCCGAUGUCGCGGAAAAUGUUAUCCUCAUUCCUCGCAUCACCGAUAGUAUUUCCAUCAGGGAAAUCCCACGAAUUGUUGAUGCUGUAGAGUCGCAGUCCAACCAGCAAAUACAGCAUACUGCCAACACGUCAAAUAUACCACUAGUCAAUCUUACACCGUUUGUCAGAUUGCUAGACAUCAGCGGCCAGAUCCCGAAAUCGUCAAAGGUAGACGUGCACCAGAAGAUUGUCCCUAAGGUGACCGGGAAUCCUCUUCCAUACCAAGAAUGGCAGCGCGAAACGAGUGAGAAUCAGAAUCAGCUUGUCCAGCAGGAAGAGCUCCGUCGUCGAGAACAGCGAGAACAGGAGCUGACGAAUUUGCUGAAGCGCGCAGAAGAGAAACGCGAGCAAGAUAGACAACGGAUGAAAGAAGUAUUCCAACAGCAACGCCAGAAUGAGGAGAAACGUCGAGAGCAACGUGAGCAGGAGUUGACCAACCAUCUGAAGCGUGCAGAGGAUCAGCGUGAGCAGGAUAAACAACGUCUGCUGCAAAUCGAAGCUGCGUUGAGAAAGCAGCACGAUAUUGGAAAGCAGUACCAGAAGCAAGAAUACGACCUUGUGCAACGAUUCAAACAACUGGAACAGCAAUUCCUUCUUGAGAGAGGGAAACGAGAUGAAGAGAGGCAACAAUUUCUGGCGCACGAGCAAGGUCUUCUCGAGCAGCUCAAGUCGCUACGUAUGAAGAGCAACCAACAAUCGGCAGCAGAACAGCGUGGGGACCAUUGUCAGUAUGACGCUCCGGAAACAACCCAGCAGACAGGUGUACCUGUGAGUAACUAUUCGCAAACGAUUCCGAACAGACUAGAGAGAGUAGGGACACUCCAUACACCAUAUGUACCUCCAAGAUUAGGGCAAACUAUUCCUCCUGUUGUCGAUCCGUUAGGGCCCUCAAAUAUACAUUUAAACCCCUUCGAGAUUCGACAGGGUCCAACACCUCAUCAGUUGGCAGCGAGACAAGUUAUCUCGAGGGAGCUUCCCGUUUUCAGUAGGGAUCCCAUCGAGUGGCCUCUUUUCAUUAGUAGCUACCAUCAUUCCACAGAGGCGUGUGGAUACACUGAAUCAGAAAAUUUGCUGCGUUUACAACGGGCUUUGAAAGGGGUGGCAAAAGAAGCCGUCAGCAGUUUUCUCCUCCAUCAUUCUACCGUGCCACACGUUUUGUCUACCCUUCAGACGUUGUACGGUAGGCCAGAACAGAUUGUUCACAAUCUAGUGGCCAAAGUUCGAGCUACGGCUGCUCCCAAGGCAGAAAGACUGGAAACAUUAAUCUAGUUC